UUCUAGCAUCAUUCUAGGGACCGUGCCGACCGUGCUUGCGCGUGCGGCGAGUGUACGUACAGUGUUCUAUUCUAGGCGAGUGUUUGUGAAAUGGAUGAUAUUGGCAUCAUCGUGCCUGACAAGGAGGAGGUGCUGAACUUGGAACCCAAGUUACCCGGCACAGACGAUCAAGAUGGCGAGGAUUUCUACAUCAAGUAUAAGAAACUGGAGCGUCAACUGGAGUUCCUGGCGGUUCAGGAGGAAUACAUUAAGGACGAGCAGCGCAACCUGAAGAAGGAAUACCUGCACGCCCAGGAGGAAGUGAAGCGAAUCCAGAGUGUACCACUGGUCAUUGGCCAGUUCCUCGAGGCCGUGGACCCACACACGGGCAUCGUGGGCUCCACCACAGGUUCCAACUACUAUGUGCGCAUCCUGUCCACACUGGACCGCGAGCUGCUCAAGCCCAGUGCCUCAGUGGCACUCCACAAGCACAGCAAUGCACUUGUUGACGUCCUGCCCCCGGAGGCUGACAGCUCAAUCUCCAUGCUGCGUGCCGACGAAAAGCCGGACAUCAAGUAUGCUGAUAUUGGAGGCCUGGACAUCCAGAAGCAGGAGAUCAGGGAGGCUGUCGAGUUGCCCUUGACCCACUUCGAGUUGUACAAACAGAUCGGCAUUGACCCGCCCCGUGGUGUGCUUAUGUACGGUCCACCUGGCUGUGGAAAGACCAUGCUGGCCAAAGCUGUUGCACACCACACCACUGCGGCCUUCAUCCGAGUGGUGGGCUCAGAGUUUGUGCAGAAGUACCUGGGUGAGGGUCCUCGCAUGGUGCGGGACGUAUUUAGAUUGGCCAAGGAGAAUGCACCUGCCAUCAUCUUCAUCGACGAGAUUGAUGCCAUUGCCACCAAACGCUUUGAUGCACAGACUGGAGCUGAUCGAGAAGUGCAGCGGAUCCUUUUGGAGCUGCUGAACCAGAUGGAUGGCUUUGACCAGACCACCAACGUUAAGGUAAUAAUGGCAACGAAUCGUGCGGACACGCUGGACCCAGCACUGCUACGUCCGGGCCGCCUGGACCGCAAGAUUGAGUUCCCGUUGCCAGAUCGUCGUCAAAAGCGCCUCAUCUUCUCCACUAUCACGGGUCGCAUGAAUCUCAGCGAUGAGCUCGACUUGGAGGACUACGUGGCACGGCCAGACCGGAUCUCUGGUGCCGACAUCAAUGCCAUAUGCCAGGAGGCUGGCAUGCACGCUGUGCGGGAGAAUCGGUACGUGGUUCUGGCCAAGGACUUUGAGAAGGGCUACAAGAACAACAUCAAAAAGGACGAGUCCGAGCACGAGUUUUACAAGUAGUGGACGAUGUGAGUGUGCUGUGUUGCAUUAAAAAGAAUGAAUGGAAACAA